AUGGAUCACAUUAAAAGUGAAAUUAGAAAAGCAUCAAUUGCGCUUGAUGAAACCGCAGAUGUAGCAAACUUAAGUCAAUUAUCCAUUGUUGUGCGAUAUGUAUUGGAUGGCAUUCCUCAAGAGCAAUUCUUAGGAUUUUUGGACGUCACAAGCGAACAAACUGCAGAUGCAUUGUUUAAAAUUAUUUGUGACAUUAUUUCAAGUUUAGAAUAUGGUUCUAAGCUUGUUGCCCAGAGCUACGAUGGUGGUGCCGUAAUGGCUGGCCAUUUAGGAGGCCUUCAAGCUAAAGUAAAAGAGAAGUUUAAACAUGCAGUUUUCGUUCACUGUAUAGCACAUAGACUUAAUUUGGUUUUAUCGCUAAGCAUGGAUAAUAUUCAAAAUUGCAAAGUUUUCUUCUCGAGUCUUAGUAGUUUGGCUUCCUUUUUUUCAAAGUCAUCGAAAAGAACUCGCGCUUAG